AUGCGCGCACACUUACCGACGCCGGCGGCGAGCACGAGGCUGGUGGACUCGAUGCCGGCGGGUGCGUGUAUACUCGCGCACUGUGCGCACACAUUCACCGAGGCCGGUGGCGAGCACGGGGCUGGUGGACUCGAUGACGGCGGGGUGCGUGUAUACUCGCGCACUGUGCGCGCACAUUCACCGACGCCGGUGGCGAGCACGGGUGGGCCGGCGGCGAGACGGGGCUGGUGGACUCGAUGA